GCUUCUACAAUGGCCACACCAAGGUGGCCAUCAAAAACCUGAAGCAGGGCAGCAUGUCACCCAGCGCCUUCCUGGCAGAGGCCAACCUCAUGAAGAACCUGCAGCACCCACGGCUGGUGCGGCUCUACGCCGUGGUGACGAAGGAGCCCAUCUACAUCAUCACGGAGUACAUGGAGAAGGGCAGCCUUGUGGACUUCCUCAAGACCUCGGAAGGAGUCAAGCUCAGCAUCAACAAACUGCUGGACAUGGCUGCGCAGAUCGCCGAAGGCAUGGCCUUCAUCGAGGCCAAGAACUACAUCCACCGCCCGCGCCUGCGGCCUGCCAACAUCCUCGUGUCGGACCCCCUGUGCUGCAAAAUUGCCGACUUCGGGCUGGCCCGCCUCAUCGAGGACAACGAGUACACGGCUCGCGAGGGGGCUAAAUUCCCCAUUAAGUGGAGAGCGCGGGAGGCCAUUAAUUAUGGGACGUUCACGAUCAAUACUGAUGUCUGGUCGUUCGGCAUCCUGCUGACGGAGAUCGUCACCUACGGCCGGAUCCCAUAUCCAGGGAUGACCAACCCUGAGGUGAUACAGAACCUGGAGCGUGGUUACCGCAUGCCACAGCCGGACAACUGCCCGCAGGAGCUGUACGAACUGAUGAUGCAGUGCUGGAAGGAGAGGCCCGAGGAACGUCCCACCUUUGAGUACAUGAAGAGCGUGCUGGAGGACUUCUUCACGGCCACCGAGGGCCAGUACCAGCAGCAGCCCUGA